GUCGCACGUCCAUCGCGCACCUCGCCGGCCCCCCGCGAACUCGUCCACCCAGCCUCGCGCCGCGCGAUGCCGACGCGAGUCCUGUCCCGACAGGCAGCGAGCGCGCAGUGACUCGAGCGCGGACCACGUGACCGCGAGUGCCGGUGCCACCUGCGAGUGACGGUGACCUUGGCGCUCCGUGGCGCCUCUUCGGCUGCGCCCGCCCCGGCAGGUAGAGGAGGACGUCGCCGCCCGUCGCAGCCCGUCGCAACUCGUCGCAGCCCGGAGGAUGGGACCGGUGCGCGCGCGCUAGCCGCGCAGCGUCUCCUGGAAAGGAAUAGUCGAGGAGCACCGAUCGCGAUCACCGCCGGAGUGCCGGCGAAAUAUGUGCACGCGCCGCCCCUGCCCGCGCGCAUCCAUUGUGGCCCCACGUGGCGCAAAGCCGCCUGUUUUUGCCCAUCCGAUUAAUACCAGGGUGGGACGGUUCAGAGCAGAAUGACGAUGGAUGUGAGCAAGUCGGAGAGCAGCAAACACGGCUCGACGCAACAGGAGUGCGCGGGAUGCGGAAAGACGAUCACGGAAAGGUACCUUCUGAAGGCGUUGGACGUUUUCUGGCACGAGGACUGUCUCAAGUGCGGCUGCUGCGACUGUCGACUGGGCGAGGUGGGCUCCACCCUGUACACCAAGGCGAACCUGAUCCUCUGCAAGAGGGACUACCUCAGGCUCUUCGGCAACACCGGAUUCUGCGCGGCUUGCAGCAAGACCAUCCCGGCCUUCGAGAUGGUGAUGCGCGCCAGGACGAACGUCUACCAUUUGGAGUGCUUCGCCUGUCAGCAGUGCAGCCAGCGGUUUUGCGUCGGCGACCGGUUCUACCUGUGCGAGAACAAGAUCCUGUGCGAGUACGACUACGGCGAGCGACAAGUGUUCGCGAACAUGGCGCUGCACCCGCCCGCGUCUCUGGCCCACAUCAAGAGGCAGCUGUCGCCUACGCCCACGCCCCCGGGACAGAACGUUCAUCCCCUGCAGCAGCACCCUCACCAGCCGCAGACUCUGGGCCAGCACCCCCACGUGACGAACGGCCAGAUGCCUGGGGGCCCGCCGACGAUGAACGGCUCCAUCGGAGCGGGGCCCCGGGGCCCGGGGGACAUGAACAACAACGGUCUCUCGGGUCCCGGCUUGGCCUCCGUGAAACCUCCUCCGAUGUCCAUGCCGGCGCCGACCAGCUGAGACGAGGCCCUUCCGCCCCUGAAAAAGCUCAGAUGUCUCGACGGAUACUAGGGGUCUCCACCGGGAGCGUCGACGACCUCGAAGGGCUCCCGAGCGACGACGGCACGAGGGAACCGUGACUGUGAUCGGGUCGAAGCUGCGGAUUUUCACCGUUUCUUCUUACCCCCGUCCCUCUCGCGCUUCCUUUCCUCCCCGAAGGCGACUCGCUCGAUCGGAGCGGGGUCGAUGCGAGAAUCAGCGGCUCGGUCUUGCCGAUCGGGACCCACAGGUCCGCGGAGACGAGUGGAAGCGCGCCGGGGGAUCCGAUCCUCUUCGGAGAGGCCGCGCACCUCCCGGGGAUCGCGCGUCGAGGAUUCUUGUAAUAUAUUUCCUGCAGGCCCGGAGAGGAAGCGAGGCGCGGAAGGUAAGAAGGAGUCGAGAACGAUCUGUAAAUAUCCGAGCUGGAUCGUACGUGUAGGGGGGUAUUUCCGUUUCGGCCGAACAUACGGGCGCUCGCCGUCUCCGGGGCGAAGGACUCGGCGACGAGAUCCGUGGAAACGGGCCGUCCCGAGGUUUGCCGACAUUCGGAUCCAAAGAUCGGGUCGCGACGUGGGCCGUCGAAGCGAUUUUCGUCCGUUCUUAUUCGCUGCUCGCAUCGAUCUUCGCGGUAAACGGUCUCCUUUUCGCUCGGGCCAGCUUGGAUCGAGCGGUCCCUCGGCGGGCAGUCGCCCUUUCCCGGGAAUCCCUUGUACAGGAUUUCGCGUGGCACUUCUCGGUUCCGUACUUUUGCGUCCGGGAAGCCGCGGAUCACCGAAAUCGAGUCGCUUCGAAAAGACUUUAUCGCUACGUUUCCUUUUCUUUUGCGCGACCGACCUCACCCUCCUCCGGCGGUCGGAACCCGAAACGGAGGACGGAGGAAAGGAACCGGGGUAAAUUGGGUUUUCAUACAGCUAAUACCAAAGAUUUUAACGUAAGAUAGAACGCCCCUCGCUGACGCGUUUCGGCCGUUUCCCAAGACUUUCCGUUGCCUCGUCGAGGCUGCGAACCUCGAUCUCGGCCGACGAAGAAUCGGCGAGUCCGACCUCGCGCGGGCCCUGUCGCGGUCGGCCGGGCGUUUCGGCUCCCUUGGUCGCGCGGGGUGGAAACGCAUCUCGUCACGCGAGCCGAAACGGUCGGAGAGACCGAGUCCGCGCGCGUUUCGAUGGCGGAGGAAUCGCUCGUUAUCCGUAUUUACCUUGUAAUCAAGGGAGCGACGUCCGACCCGAAAAUGCUUCUUGCGACGAGGGGCUUAGUCAUAGCUUUACGAAGGAACCAAAAGCAAGGAAAAGAAGUCUAAUCGUGGCCAAAGAGCACGCGCGACCGUGGACGCGUCGAAAAGGGCGCAGAGAGGAGAGGAAGCGGAAGGAUCCGACGCGGCGAGGGCAGCGCUUCCCUUUGUCUCGUCUUUCUUCGACCUUCCGACGACGCAAACCAUUGUAAAUUACGCCGCUGUAUGAUUAAGUACAAAGCUUAUAUUGUAUAAAAGGUAUUAUUAUUGUUGUCCUUUGGUAUUGUAUAAGAUACUUUUUGUUAUUCAUCUGUACAUACCGUCAUUAUUAGCAUAGUAUUAAUAUAUAAAUAUAUAUAUAUAUACAUAUUAUAUAUACAUUGCGAUCGAUAGGGCUCCAUUACUACCGAAGAA